GUGCUAUUCCACAAGAAAUUGGCGGUCUUAACAAUUUGGGUGAUUUACACUUGGGUUACAACCGCCUCAAGGGUCCAAUUCCAACAGCAAUUUUCAACAUCACUACACUAGAAUCCAUAUUCCUUGAGAACAAUCAUCUUUCAGGCACUCUUCCAUCAAGUAUGGGAAUUUGGCUACCUAAUCUUAUACAAUUAUAUCUUGGAUGGAAUAAUUUGAAUGGAAUUGUUCCCGACUCUAUCUCAAAUGCUUCUAGAAUCACCAAAAUAUAUUUCGGAGUCAACCAAUUCUCUGGUACACUACCCAAAUCAUUGGGUAGCCUAGAACUCCUUGAAGAUCUUGUGUUGCCAGGAAACAACUUCACUAGAGAAUCCUCAUCUAUGGAGUUAACCUUUUUCACUUCUUUGAUAAAUUGCAGACAACUAAGGGUAUUGAGCGUAUCUAGAAAUCCUUUCAAUGGCAUUCUUCCAGUUUCCAUUGGCAAUCUGUCCACUUCUCUUUAUACUCUCCAUGCAAGCCAUUGUGAAAUUAAAGGAAAUAUUCCUAAUGAGAUUAGCAAUUUAAACAAUUUGGCAUUCGUGGACCUUGAUCACAACGACAUAGAUGAAUUGAUUCCGCCAACAAUCAAAGAGUUGUGGAAACUUCAAAUUUUGCAUCUUGAACAAAACAAAAUACCAGGAUCUUUUCUGAGUGGUGUCUGCGAUUUAAGGAACGUGGGUUUUCUAGAUUUGAGCAAAAAUGAGUUUUCUAACUCUAUGCCAACAUGCUUAGAAAAUAUUACUUCUCUAAGAUAUCUCUAUCUGGAUUCCAACAAAUUAAAUUUCAGCAUACCCAUAAACCUAUGGAGACUCAAAGAUCUUUUGGAGUUGAACUUGUCUUCAAAUUCUUUAACUGGGUAUAUAACACCAGAAAUUGGAAAUCUAAAAGUUGUCACAACAAUAGAUCUCUCAAGGAAUUAG